AUGCCGCCAAAUACAGUGCCUGAUGAGGAGCCUAGGGAUAGUGAGGGAAGGCAUUGCAACCAUACUGAGAAUGACAGUGAGACAAAACGGUAUCCUCAAAGAGAAAGGAACCCUCCCAGAUACUUAGAAGAGGACACCCUCCUCCCUAAGAAUGCCGAUUGUGCCCACAUUAGUGUAGAUUACUGCUACAAAGUUUGUGGAUUACCACAAAAUUACACAGAAGCCAUGGGAUCACCUCAAGCUAGGGAGUGGGAGCAAGCAAUGAAGGAAGAGAUCAGCUCUCUGAAGGAAAAUGAUACUUACGAAUUAUCAACUUUACCAGAAGGUAAAGCUUCAGUAGGGGGAAAAUGGGUGUACACAACCAAACAAGAUCAGAAUGGCAUAGAGUCCUUUAAGGCCAGAUAUGUAGCGAAGGGUUACAGCCAGGUAAAGGGUAUAGAUUAUCAAGAAACUUUCGCCCCGACAGCCAGUAUUACUUCAAUUAGGGUCUUAAUGCAGUUAGCAGUAAAACAUGAUCUUAUUGUCCACCAGAUGGACGUUAAAACUGCAUAUCUGCAUGCCCCCAUUACUCAAGAGUUAUACAUAGACCAGCCACAAGGGUUUGAAGAGGUUUCAGAGAGUGGUGAGAGGUUAGUAUAUAGGCUAAAGAAAUCGCUAUAUGGUCUAAAACAAUCAGGUAGAAAUUGGAACAUAUUGUUACACGAGCAUUUAGCAAAUGACGGUUUUGUCAGAAACCAUGCUGAUCACUGUGUAUAUAAGAAACAAGUUGAUGAUAAAAUUGUUAUCGUCAUUGUUUGGGUUGAUGACCUAAUCAUAGCUUCAGAUAGUAUGCAGUUAAUGGAAGAAUUUAAAGAAAGUAUGAAGACACAAUUUAAGAUGAAAGAUCUAGGUAGAAUCACUUUCUUCCUUGAAUGGAUUUUAAGCAAAGCAAGGGUGAAAUAA